CACGCCGCCACGACAAAUUUGGUGGAUAACAAAAAACGUGCCACGUCCACACACGCCACACACACAACCUCCCGCACUAUUUCUCCUGCCCUCCGCCCACGUUGAACACAGACGAAGACGACUCUUUCCAGCCCACGAGCCUGAACAGCACCAUGUCCUCUGAGAACGACACCUUCCUCUUCACCUCCGAGUCUGUCGGCGAGGGUCACCCCGACAAGAUCUGCGACCAGGUCUCUGACGCCGUCCUCGAUGCUUGCCUCAAGCAGGACCCCGAGUCCCGCGUCGCUUGCGAGACUGCUAGCAAGACCGGCAUGAUCAUGGUCUUUGGUGAGAUCACCUCCAGCGCCCACAUUGACUACCAGAAGGUCAUUCGUGACACCAUCAAGGAGAUUGGCUACGACUCUGACGAGAAGGGCUUUGACUACAAGACCUGCAACGUCCUCGUUGCCAUUGAGCAGCAGAGCGCCGACAUCUCCCAGGGUGUGGACAAGGACGGCCGCGGCAAGAGCGAGGAGAACAUUGGUGCCGGUGACCAGGGUAUCAUGUUUGGCUACGCCACGGACGAGACGCCCGAGUGCAUGCCGCUGACCUGCCAGCUGGCGCACGCCCUGAACCGCCGUCUGGCUGAGUGCCGCCGCGACGGCGAGCUCCCAUGGGCCCGCCCCGACACCAAGACCCAGGUCACCAUCGAGUACAAGCUCGACAACGGCGCCUGCGUGCCCCUGCGCGUGCACACCAUUGUCAUCUCCACCCAGCACGCCGACUUUGUCUCCAACGAGCAGAUCCACGCCGACCUCAUGGAGAAGGUCAUCAAGGCCGUCGUGCCCUCCAACCUCCUCGACGACAAGACCCAGUACCACCUCAACCCGUCCGGCCGCUUUGUCAUUGGCGGCCCCCAGGGUGACGCCGGCCUCACGGGCCGCAAGAUCAUCGUCGACACGUACGGCGGCUGGGGCGCCCACGGCGGUGGCGCCUUCUCCGGCAAGGACUACUCCAAGGUCGACCGCUCGGCCGCCUACGCUGCCCGUUGGGUCGCCAAGUCGCUCGUCAAGGCCGGCCUCGUGCGCCGCUGCCUGGUGCAGGUCUCCUACGCCAUUGGCAUUGCCGAGCCCAUCUCGCUUCACGUCGAGGACUACGGCACAGGCAAGGUGUCCCCCAACGAGCUCCUCAAGAUCAUCCGCAAGAACUUUGACCUGCGCCCCGGCGUGAUUGUGCGCGACCUGGACAUGAAGAAGCCCAUCUUCUCCAAGACAGCCAAGUACGGCCACUUUGGCCGCGAGGAGUUCCCCUGGGAGCAGCCCAAGAAGCUCGAGCUCUAAGCAUCCCAACCACCACCCCCUCUACAACCACAGCUACACCUCUAACUCUUUCCCAGCACCCUCGCCCGUGCGCGGUGGAAACUGAGAUUGUGUUUUUGAUGUGUUGUGGGACAGUGCGGGCGAAUGACGAGUUUACUUGAUGAUGUGAUGUGAUGUGAUUGAUUGCUUGGUCGGUUAGUUUGGUCGCCUGCGGUUUGUUUCUGUUUUUCUGUCGUCCGCCCUUGUGAGAGACCAAGAGCGAGGGAGUGUGAAUGUGUGUGUGGAAAUGAUGAUGAUGAUGAUGAUGAUGAUGAUGAUGAUGAUGAUGAUGAUGAUGAUGGAGAUGAGCUGCGGUUCACUGGGCAUGAUGACAGCUGACGACGACGACGAUGAUGAUGACUGUCUUGGAUGCUGACGAUGAGAUGGACGAUGCAAUGCACUGGCUGACUGCUUUCUCCAGCUGCUACAAAGAUGGCGGUUGGUCGUCGCUGUUCCUCCUCUCCCACACUGGGUUCAGCUGACGCGUUCACCCAUUAUGUUGUCUUGUUCUGACUUGUCUGCUGGCUUGUGUGCCUCGUUUGUCAUCACAUCACGGCUGCGGCUGCUGCUGUCUCUCGUCUCUUUUUCUUUUUUCAUCCACCUCAGUGCUACACACGAGUGCUUGAUUUGCGUGUGUGUGUGUGUUUGCUUGCUGCUUUUCCCGUCGCCGUUCUUGUUGUGUUCCAUCCCUCAACCCUUGUCCCCUUACCCUCCACCAACCAACCACGCACUGCGGCGAGCACCAUACGUUGUGCUCACUGUUGGGUCGAGGUGGAACGGGAACGCCACCCUUUUCCUUUCCUUUUCUCUUUGCUCCCCUCCUUUGCUUCCCUUCCCCUGUUUCUUUCCUCCUCCUCCUCACGCAUACCCCUGGGAUGGGCACUCCAUUCGUAGUUCGAAGAGCAUAGACGAAAGCAGAUGUGACA